CCCCCGUCGUCUCGACCCAGCGCCGAUGCCGCCGCCGACGGCCCUCCUGGCGAUGCCCGACGCCGGGGGCUCGCUGGCGGGCUUGAGCGGGACCCCAUUUGGCCCCCAGUCGACGCGCCCCCUGUUCGACCCCUUUUCCCUCUUCCAAACCCAGAUGCAGGGCGUGCGCGUGCACCUGGACGACCCGGCCUUCGGCCCGGAGGGCGUCGCCGCGCUGCACACCGCCGACGAGCCCUUCAUCUAUGCGGCGCUGGUAUUCCACGCGGCCGGAGCGGCCGGGGCGCCCGAAAGCCCGGGCCUCCUGCCGGACGGGCCGGCGCACUUUGCCCACUCGCUGGACCUGCUGGCGCCGCCGUCGUUGUGCGCCUCGCGCGCGCCCCUGCACGCCGCAUACUGCCCCUUUGACCGCGUGCACCCGGACCUGCUUGGGACCUUCAGCGAGCCGGUGCUCGGGUUCCUCCACGAGCGCCUGCUCGGGGCCACGCCCUCCGGUCGGCCGUGUGUGGUGGCCGGGUCCGCCUCGGUGGACGUCGACUCCAACUCCAUCUACUGGCCGAUCGAGCGCCGCGCGCUCCUGUCCAACACCCACGGGGUCCAGCACAUGUCCUUCUUCCUGGGCGUGAGCCCCUCGACGGAUGAGCCCCUGCAGGUGUACCACUUCCCGGUGGACUUCGCCACGCUGUCCCUACACCAGGGGCCCUGGCCGGCCGAGGGGUCCGAUGCCCCCGGCACCAGCGCCCCCCCCCACAGCGAGGUCCCCCUGCCGGGCGGAUUGGCCGCCGAUCUUGCCCCUCCGCUGGCGAGUGAGGCCCUGGCCGAGGCCGGGCCCUUCCCCUUCCAGAUGGUGCCGGCCGAGCCGGCCUCCCUGCCGGCCACGGUGCGCGUGUGCUCGCUGCAUCCCCGAUCGCUGCUGCUGGUGUCGCAGUUUCGCCUGUACGGGGCCCAGCCCUCCGGCGAUCCGGCCCUGGCGCCGGAGCUCCGGCUCUUGGCCAUGUCCACAGGCGCCUCCGGCUUGGACGAGCCGGAGAUGCUGAUCAAUUUGGCCGGCGAUACCUUUGUCACCGAGGCGCCGCAAUCGUCGCCGGACGCCUCGCCCGCGCCAUCGCCCGAGCCCCCCUCCGACCAGGAUUACCCCACGGCUUCCCGAUCGCUGGGGCUCCACACGUCGCUGUCGUCCGAUUCCUUUGUCGAGGUGGCCCAGGAUGCCGGCCCCGGGCCGUCGCUUGCCCUGUUCCAGCGCCACUUCGACAGUGACGACCAUGUGCACGACACAUCUCUCAGCUGGCGACUGAUCGGCCUGUGUCGCUUGGUGCGUCAUUUCAAUGCCCGGAUGGACGCCCUGGAAAGGAAGCGCCGUUCCCUCGACCCGCUUCUCGGGAUCCCCGCCAGUGGCCCUCCUCUGUCGCCCUCUUCCCGGGGGGAUGCCCGGCCGGCGAACGAGUGCAUCGAGGGACCCAGCCGCUUCCUGGCGGAGUCGGUCGAGUCGGUGGUCCUGCCGGACCCGGGCGCCGCCGCCUGCAUGGACGCCCUGCUGACGGCGGCCCUGCGCCGGCAGCGGGCCGCCGAGCGCCUCCAGCGCCUCACUCGCCAUCGAGACACGCUUCGUGCCAAGGUUGCCGCCAAGCGCCAGCAGAUCCAGCAGCUCCGAGACCUGCAGGAGGCCGACGCCGCGACAUCUGCCCUGCUGGCCGCGCGGAACAUUCACGCCGAGUCGGGCAUCCUCUCCGUUCGCUCCCUCGCCGUCGAGCAGUUCCGGCUCCUGUCGGCCCGCCGGGCAUCCUUGCUGGAGGAGCUCCUGCGGAUUUUCCCGGUGGCGGUGCACGCCGACCCGGGCGACCUGGUCUCCCGAUCGCCCUCCAUCCGGCUCUUCAACCGCCUGGCAUCCGGGACAUUCUCCUCGAGUCGGGCGUCGGCCGUGCUGAAGCACGACUCGGUUGGUCCCUUCACACUGUCUCCCCUGUUUGAUCACCAGGCCUCCACCUCCAAGGAGGAUCCGAACCCCCACCCGGCAUUGUGGCUGGCGCUGCAUCUGGCCUCCCUGGUGCUCGCGUACUCGGCAAUCCCGGAGGCCCACCUGGCCAAUGGUCCACUCUUCAUGGAUCUGGCGCGCGUCCUUCGGCCAUCCUUCGGCUCCGGGCCAACCACGCCCAGCUCCUCGCGCCCCGGGUCCUUCUCCGGGCAGCUCCCUGCGCAGCCGGCUCCCACACUCUCGCGCUACUCCUAUGCCAGCUCGUCUAGCUUCUCGCUGUCGCAUUCGCCGCCAUUGUCGCGGACCCCGUCCUUGCGCGCCGCCACGCCGGGGGCCGCGGGCGCCGGGGGGACCGCCACCGCCACCCCCGGCGGUCUCUCUCCAAUGGCACAUGUGUCCGGCCUGAACACCCCGUACUAUCUGUUCCUCCAGCGCCUGCUAAGCGCGGUCCAUCUUGCCUCAAACCAGGCGCUGACCCUGAUCCCGAGUAAGCCGCUGGCCGGCUUGCUCAGUUGGAUUCGCCACCAAAUGGACUUGUGUGCCCUGGAUGAGGACACCCCGGAUGGCGCCCCGCGGCAGUUCUACUCCUACCGGCCGAUGUCCCUCGCCAAUGUGGAGUUCUACUCCCGGCGCGCGCCGCCGUCCAUGGCCAGGGAUGGCGGCCAGUCCCCGGAGCGGACCUUGGACGCGUCGAUCGGGGCCCCGGCCGGGGAGGCCGGGCGAUCUGGCGCCGCCGAACUCGGCGGCUCCGAGGAGAUCCCCGCCCCGGGGACUCCCACCUCCGACAAGGAGGACUCCCCGACCCAGGCGGAGGCCGCCAGCCCGGCCCCCGUCGUCCCCCCUGCCGGGAGGUGUCCCGAUGCCCUGCUCGCCCAGUAGAGCAUCCGGUCUCCUUGCCGCUUCCCCCUCCGGCGUCGCCUUUUUCCAUGCGCAUGUCCGGCCGCCGUGCGAGGCCCGGGCGGGAAGUCCCCGUCCCUUCUCCCCCCCCCCCCCCCCC